AACAAUAGCAGUAAUACUCGCUAAUUAAAUUAAUUACGAAUGCUUGUCAGUGGUGGAUUAAUGGCCAAUAGCAGCCGCUAGGUAUGAGUUGCAGCCCAGGGGCUGAUGAUAACUGUGUUCCAGGAGUGGGGACACAUCAAGACUACAAGGGGAGGUAAUUGCUGAGUACAAGGGGCGCAGCUGGGCAAGCAUUGCAAAGUAUAAAUAGUCUGACUUCAAUAGCACAUCAGUACUAGAUCUACAUCUCCGAGCAACCGAAUUCUGGAAGAUCAGGUUUGCAUUUCAACUCCAAGACGACGUACCACAGAUAAACAUUGCACGGUUGAUGUAUUGGAGAGAAUAAGAACAGACAGGGACAUAUUCCUCCGAACAGCCAUGGAAGAACUUACAGCUUUUGUUUCGAAGUCUUUUGAUCAAAAGGUGAAAGAAAAGAAGGAUGGGAUCACGUAUCGAGAAGUUCUGGAGAGCGGACCUGUGCGGGCUCGGGAGCCGAGUCUGAGUGAAGGCAGCCGGGAUGAAAUGAUCAGCGCGCAGCGUGGGGCGUCUCGAUCCCCGAGCAGUGAGCCAGAGAUCGGGCCAGAAAGACCGCGGGACAGCGGCACACCGAAACUGACCGAUCCGGGAAGCGGUGACAUUAAAGAUAGAAAAGAAGACCCCAAACCAGUAGAAGAAGAAGCGCAGACAAAAAUUAAGCAACGGCGAAGUCGGACUAACUUCACACUGGAGCAGCUAAACGAGCUGGAAAGAUUGUUCGAUGAAACCCAUUAUCCGGAUGCAUUUAUGAGAGAAGAGCUGAGUCAGAGACUGGGGCUGUCAGAAGCCCGAGUGCAAGUAUGGUUUCAGAACAGAAGAGCAAAAUGUCGAAAACAAGAGAAUCAACUUCAUAAAGGUGUACUCAUUGGUACCACCAGUCAGUUCGAAGCUUGUCGAGUGGCACCAUACGUUAACGUGGGAGCCUUGAGAAUGCCAUUUCAACAGGAGAAUCACUGCAACAUGACUCCCUUGUCCUUUCAGGUCCAGGCGCAGCUGCAGUUGGACAGCGUGGCGCAUGCGCACCAUCACCUCCACCCACACCUGGCUGCACAUGCGCCCUAUAUGAUGUUCCCUCCACCACCCUUUGGUUUGCCCCUGGCCACCUUGGCAGAAUCCGCCACGGUGGUGGCAGCGGCAGCAGCAGCCAAAACCACCAGUAAAAACUCCAGCAUUGCAGACUUGAGACUUAAAGCGAAAAAACACGCUGCAGCACUAGGCCUGUGAUCGAACAGUGAUUCCAAAUCCACAGAUCUUUCAAAACAAAACCCUCCGAAGGAGGAAGGACUCGCAGCUGGGAAAAGUUCAGAAGUGAACUUUCUGCAAAUCCAUUUUAGCACAACUUUACUUGAUAUACCUGGGGGCUGGUCUCCUAUAGCAUAAUGGAAAUUCCUUACGUAUGCUUUUGCUUCCCAUACACCAUUGGAAUAAUUAUACAGAAAUGGAAAAUAGAUCGCAAAUCAGCCACGAACUGUUUAUGAGAGUCAAGAGUGAACAAUCAAAUGAAAUACGAAGAAUUACUCUUGCAUGUAUAUUUAUACUAUUUUCAAUGAUGCUUAUGUCCUUUGAGUCAGAAUUGCACUUGGUUUAUGUUAGAUGGAACAAACCAUUGCUUUUGCAAGUGUGGAGAAGCAAAAUAGUUUCAACGGUUCUCAUUUUAGAAUUUUCAUGUGUACUAUUUUCUUCUUCCAAUAACAUAAGUAAUGGAUAAUUAUAACUAUUCUACCUAGAUGUCCAUUUGUUUUAGAUCAAAAAGAU